GCUCAACCCGCUCCCCGUGUGACGUGAAGGACCUCCUCCUCCGACACACAGCAGCAGUGAUGGCGGACUACGACAACUACGAGGAUCGGGACCGGGCCUACGGGAGCUUCGGCGGCGGCAGAGGGCCCCGGGCAGGCGGCAGGAAGCAGAAGGAGCUUCCCACGGAGCCUCCCUUCACGGCGUACGUUGGGAACCUGCCGCUGAACGCCGUGCAGGGCGACAUCGACAUCAUCUUCAAAGAGCUCAACAUGCGCAGCGUGAGGCUGGUCCGCGACAAAGAAACAGACAAGUUCAAAGGCUUCUGUUAUGUGGAGUUUGAAGAUCUGGAGUCUCUAAAGGAAGCGUUGACGUACGACGGCGCUCUGCUGGAUCACAAGGCUCUGAGGGUCGACAUCGCAGAAGGGCGGAGACAAGAGAGGGGGGGCCCAGGGGGCGGCCGAGGCGGGGGCGGAGGAGGGGGCUUCGACUUCCGGAAAGAUGACGUGCGAGGAGGCGGCGGCGGAGGACGAGGAGGCUCUCGAGGAGCUCCAGGAGGAGGAGGUCGAGGAUCCAGAGAGGACUUCGAUAAUCAGGACGGAG